CUCAACAGCGCGAAGUUAGGUUGUCUCACUCCUGGAGAGAAGUGUCUCCGCGUGGAUGGUGUAACUUGACAACAUGAACCUUCAACACGGAUGGAGAAUCCCUCUUCACCUCCCCUGACAGAAGAAGGAAGCGUCUAACAGUCACAGACAUGGAGGAGCUCGAGGAGGAGAGGCUGUGUGGGAAAUGGAGGGUUGCUUGUGGUUUGUACAAUUACAACCUGAGGGAUAUCUUCACAUGGCAUCUGCUGAAGACCAUAGCGAUGGGGCAGGUCUUGUCCAUGCUGAUCUGUGGGACAGCAGUGAGCUGUGAGUACCUGGCCGUCGCUGGGGUGGAGACGCCGAUGCUGCAGAGCUUCCUCAACUACGCCUUGCUGCUGAUCGUCUACACAACCAUCCUCUGCACGCGGAAAGGUAACAGGAACAUCGUAGAGAUUUUAAAAAACAACUGGUGGAAAUAUCUGGUGAUGGGUCUGGCAGAUGUGGAGGCAAACUAUGCAGUCGUGAAGGCCUACCAGUUCACCACGCUGACAAGUAUACAGCUGCUGGACUGUUUUGUCAUCCCGGUGCUAAUGGUUCUGUCCUGGAUCUUCUUGAAGACUCGCUACAGGCUGGUCCACUUCGUAGCUGUGGUUGUGUGUUUGUUGGGGGUGGGGGCCAUGGUGGGGGCUGACAUCGUAGCCGGGAGAGACCAGGGAUCCAGUAGUGCUGUGCUGCUUGGAGACGGUCUGGUCUUGCUCAGUGCUGCCCUUUAUGCUGUAUCUAACGUGUGCCAGGAGUACACGGUGAAGAACCUGAGCCGGACUGAGUUCUUGGGCAUGAUGGGGCUGUUUGGGACCAUCAUCAGUGGCAUUCAGAUGGCUGUUCUUGAAAUCAAAGCAAUAGCAGCAAUAAAGUGGGACCAUCAUAUUUCGAUGCUGUUUGCAGUGUACGCGCUGUGCAUGUACGCUCUGUACAGCUUGAUGCCUGUGGUGGUGAAGAUGACCAGCGCCACAGCUGUGAACCUCUCUCUGCUCACUGCUGACCUCUUCAGCCUCUUCUGUGGCAUCUUCCUCUUCCAGAACACAUUCUCAACCCUGUACAUCAUCUCGUUUGUUGUCAUCACUGUGGGUUUCAUCAUGUUCAACGCUCUUCCCACAUACUCGGCUCUACCUGACUCUGGCUCCAAUGAUGAUGAAGAUCCUGCUGAUGGCUCAGUUCAGAGCUCCCCCAAUCACCUGCUGUCCACAGACAGAGACAAUCAAAGGACUGAGAUGGUCACAGCUGUGGCUGCUCUGUGACCAUAACUGACUGGAGAGAGAGGAAGGUCUUCACGUUGUUACAGAAGUUUACAUUCUUAAUAUUUUGAUUUUCAUAAUCAAAGAAAUGCAGUUUUUGAAAUAUUAACAAGUUUCGGCUUAAAUAGUUUCGUUCCUAUUUUUGAAAUGCUCCUUUAAAAACAUUACGUUACAAUGAAACACAAACCGUUACUGCACUUACAUUGUGUUUAACACUUUCAGUUAAUGCAUCAUUACGGCUGCUAUUUAUUGUUCCAGAAGUGUUUAUGUUCUGUUUUUAAAACAUUCGAUGUUGAUUUUUAAAUACAUCAGCGAUGCUGCUUGAAGCCACUGUAUUGUUUUAUUAUUUAAAGUUGAACACAGUCCAAUCACAAAGAUGUAUUUAAGUAAUGUGGCCUUUGAUGCUGUUACAAUCUUCCUUUGGUUACACACCAAAUCUACUGUAAGUCGCAUGGUUUUGUUUACCUUGUGUUGCCAAAUGUAUAGCAAGUUAACAUGAUAAGUUUUACUUUUUCAAUAUUAAAGACAUUUUUAUAUGCU